AUGUCAACUUGCGACAUUGGAGGAGAGGAACGAUUACUAAUUUUGCCGGAUGAAUGUGAUGCUUCCAAGAAUAUAAAUACGUUUACGCUGCCGCCAUCUUGCAAUAUUGCAUCAAAACCUCGCCUUGAGAUCUUCGAAAACACCGAUGGGAAACUUUAUGAAAUUAAAUGUUUCCAGUUUGGUAAGGGGCCUUCGUAUUCAGAAGAGGAGGACCUGGCAAACGAUAAAUACCAUUACACAAGGGAAAACAACCCGAUUAAGUCGGCCUUGAUGGUAAACACAUCUGAUUCCGCCGAUGGUUAUAUUUUCAAGUCAAGCAAAAUUUAUUUCUGUACCUUAUAUGACAUUGCUUUCAGUUUGAUUGGAUUCCACUACAAGAACAGUAUUUCGGCAGAUGAACAAGACUACGUAAAGUCGAGCAACACUGAUGAAGAACAAACUGCCGAAAGAAAAGAACACGAGAGGUUUCUCACACUACGUGACUAUCAUGAUUUGCUAACGGAUAAUCAUGACAAAAAUUGGAAUAACAUUUCAUUAGGCUCUCUCAAAUGUGGUCUUGCGAAGAUAAGCGAAACAAUUGAGGAAGCUGGUGACGUAUAUUACAAAAUUACGCCUGCAAUGAUAACUCAAUAUUUAGCAGGGAAAGUAGCGAAAGUAAUAGAAAACUUUCCUCCAAGUAUUCCCACACUUAAACAUGCACCAGUAGAAAUAACGCAGUGCCAUAAAGUCGUUAUUGCUGUCAAUCUUCUGGUUUCUUUGAUUCCAAAGGCCGCCUACCAUAAUUUAGUUGAAUUUUCGCCCACGACUACUGACACCUUCUUCAAUCUGCAUAUAAAAGCUAGCUUUACAGAUCUCGAAAAGUACGAAACAACCAACGAAUUAAAGAAUGCCGAGAAAGAAUUACUAAUGAAAAGUGCCACGAAUAUUGGUUUAGGUUCGAAUGGCAGUGUUUCGGUGGCAAUGAAAAAAGUCACAAAAAAGAUACCCCAGAGCAAUAGAACAAGAGUGGCCAUAGGAAAAGGUGCCAUUGACGGAUUUUUCAAACGUAAAUAA